AUGGAUUUCACUAGUGAUUUCGCUUCUGCUGGUUUCGGUGAGCUCUUCGCCUCGCACGAUGACUUCUUUAUGUCUUUCAAUGAAUUCUGCAAGCUGCGCAAUCUCGACUACCUGAUGCGAGAUUCGCGCUUCUUGAAGCCCGCUGACCCCAACGAACUGCCGACGCUGAUUCGCUCCGCGAAAUUCGUCUGCUACGAGUACAAGAAGCCGCACUGCUGCCCGUCAUUCGUUGAGAUCUCCCUCCUCAGUCGCGGUUUGCGCGUCAAGCGUUUUGUCAUGACGCACAACCACGACGAGAGUGGAUUCCUUGCCAGGAAUCUAUUCCGCCAGUUCCUGGCCAAUCACGAGUUCUCCUCGUGGGACGACCUCAAACAGCAAGUUAGUGCCUAUGAGGAGGCCACUGGAACCCACUUCAGGACGCGGUCCACCUUCCAGAUUAGCCCUGGUUACCCUCGUCACGAAUUACUCAAGUACGCCAUGGCGGACUUCGCGUGCGUGCACAACGGCAGAUCCAAACCCUCGAAGGAUCUUCGUCCAAACAUCAAAUUGGGCUGCCAGGCGUGUUUCAUUGUCAAAUUAAUGGGCGACAAGUUGGUUAUUGAGUCCUUCAACGUCACUCACAAUCACUUCACCUAUCCGCCUGAUCCAGCUCUUCACAAGGCACCAACAACUCCCCCUGAUGUUGGAAAAAGAAAAUUACAGGACAUCUUCCAGUGUUAUCAGAGGGACAGCGACGUUCAGGAUGAGACUAAGGCACCGACCGAACCCACGCUCCAGCCAGUUGCUACGACCUCGGAAAACGCUCAGCCCAGUUUGCCCGUUGAACCUGAUGACUCCAAGAGCCUCCAGCUCGUUGCGUCGUUGGCGACAGACCAAGACACACCUCUCGCCUCAACAGACAAUGAAGUCUCGGACACUGGCCAGGUCUGCCUUGCCCACCAGUCGUCUGAGCCAACACCGCCCACGACGCCGACUGCAACUACCAUCGCCGCCUCCGCUGCUGCCACCACCCCCUACCCUCUCCAGGCCGUGAUUGUCCAGCUGGCAGCUGUUUUGCCUCAAGUCGACCGCGUGGAUCAGUCGUGCCAAACCUGCCCCGAGGACGUCUACGCUUACACCGAACACCUCACUCUGGUGAACUGCGCCACGUGCAAAUCCCUCUUCGAUUCGCCCGUGUGCUUGAAGUUGACGAACCAACUCACCACGGAGCAGGCCAGCCUUUUGGAGCCGAGCACUCGAGCACGUCACGAAGCCUUCAAGCAGGCGCUGUCCCAGUUGACGGACGAGGAGUUUGCGAGGCUGGCUGCACCGCGUCUGGCGACGGGCUCGUUCUCCCUCUGGGACCACCUUUGUCUCCUCGCCGACCGCCGCGGAAGCCGCUCGAGGGUCGAAGGCGUCGCUGCGGAGUUCACCGAACUGGCCGGUCGCUUCAGGGCCUUUUUCUCAGAACAACUCGAACCGGUGGUUGAGCCGACGCCUCCCAAACAACUCAGGUGGGGUCGUGCGCGCUACCGAAAUCGUGGACUGAUGGACGUGUCCUACGAGGAUGAGACGGGAGGCGACGAUGCCGACGGACCGAUAUUCGAGGUUCGAUCUGACGCCGAUGCAAGACUGCUGAACCUUGUCGUGGGGCGCUACAGGAUCCGGAGUAGUCCAACCACCACCACCACCACGCCAAAGGUGCAGCUUCCAGGUCAGCAGCCUCAACCGGCCGGGGUGCCAUUCGAGGUCUGGCUCAAGAACCUUCCACCGAAACGCGAGCGCGGCCGCCCGAUGAAGCCUACGCCACCUUGUGUCACAUACAACCUCCCUCACUGGAGGCCCAUUCGCAAGAAAUGCGAGGUGGCGUCUAACCUUGUGAAGAAGUCCCUAGCCUCGCUGGUAUUCGUCCGCGAACGCGACAAUUCGGUGAAGCCGGCAGCCGCGACGGAGCAGGAGGUGGUGGCGGGCGAGGAGUGCGCGGGCGCAGUUCUUCGACCAGACAGCCCCCCAGCACCCGCCGCAGACGCCAGCACUCCUUCUGAACCCCUAACAGACAAUAAAUGA